AUGGAGUUAGUCCUAAACUACCUUAACACCACAACCAUAGCAAUCCUCUCUUUAAUUUCCCUUAUUUUCUUUAUAUUUCGUUUCUCCAAAGUUUCUCAUACCAAAGUACCUCCUACAAUUUCAGGGUCAUGGCCAAUACUAGGUCACCUUCCAUUAAUGAGAAGCACACAAACACCCCAUAAAACCUUAGGUGCAUUAGCUGAUAAAUAUGGACCCAUAUUCACAAUCAAAUUAGGUGCUAAACAUGCUUUGGUACUUAGCAAUUGGGAAUUAGCCAAAGAAUGUUUCACCAAAAACGACACCGUCGUUUCGUCGCGCCCUAAACCCAUAGCCGUUGAACUUAUGUCGUAUAACCAAGCUUUUAUUGGUUGGGCACCAUAUGGUACAUAUUGGCGUCAAUUACGUAAAAUUGUUACUUUAGAAAUUCUAUCUAAUCGACGAAUUGAACUACUAAGUCACAUUCGUGUCUCAGAAGUUCAAAUAUCGAUUAAAGAGCUUGUUAAUAUUUGGUCUAAACAAGUGUCAGGACAAUCUAAAUCGUUCAAUGACACUAAAUCUAGUAUUAGCGACGAAUAUGUAUCAGUGGAAUUGAAGAAAUGGUUUGCACAAUUAACAUUAAAUAUGGUACUAAGAAUGGUUGUUGGGAAAAAAUGUUUUGGUGAUGUAGAUGAGAACAACAAGGAAGAAGCUAAAAGAUUUUUGGAAAAUAUAAGAGAUUUUAUGCGUUUAAUUGGGACAUUUACAGUGGGAGAUGGUGUUCCAUUUUUAAGGUGGUUGGAUUUGGGAGGUCAUGAAAAAGAAAUGAGAGAAUGUGCAAAGAAAUUUGAUAAAAUGUUGUGUGAAUGGUUGGAAGAACACCGUGAAAAGAGGGGUGUGGAUAGUAAUAAAGUUGUGGGGGAAAGAGACUUCAUGGAUGCUAUGCUUUUGGUGCUUAAUGACAAACCAAUUGAGGGGGUUGAUGCAGAUACCGUAAUCAAAGCCACAACAUUGGAAUUGAUUUUGGGAGGAAGUGACACAGCUGCAGGAACACUUACAUGGGCAAUGUGUUUACUUUUAAAAAAUCCUCAUGCAUUGAAAAAGGCUAAAGAAGAAUUGACCACACAAAUUGGGAAAGAAAGAUGCGUAAAUGAGUCGGAUAUAAAUAAUUUACCAUAUCUUCAAGCAAUAAUUAAAGAAACACUAAGAUUAUAUCCUCCUGCUCCAUUUUCAUCACCUCGUGAAUUCACACAAGAUUGCACAAUAGGCGGUUAUCUUGUUAAAAAAGGAACUAGACUGAUGCCAAAUUUAUGGAAAAUUCAUAGAGAUCCUAAUGUUUGGUUACAUCCUUUGGAAUUCCAACCUGAAAGAUUUCUUACAACUCAUAAAGAUGUUGAUGUUAAAGGACAAAAUUUUGAGUUGUUGCCAUUUGGAAGUGGUAGAAGAAUGUGUCCCGGAAUGCCACUUGGUUUGAACAUGCUUCAUUAUAUUCUAGCUAAUUUUUUGCAUUCCUUUGAAAUCUUGAAUUUAUCUCAUGAAUCAAUUGAUGUAACUGAAGUGCUUGAGUUUACUAGCACCAAAGCUACUACACUUGAAGUUUUGGUUAAACCUGGUUUGUCUCUUAAAUGUUAUGAGACCAUGUGAUUCUAUUAAUACUUUGCAUUGUUAUUGUUUUUAUAUGUGAUGUUACCACUACUUAAUUAGUGGUAACUAAUUGUAGUUAGUUUCUCAAUAAUCUUGGAAUUAGUUUUGUCUUGUUGCACCAUAUAUAAUUAUUUAUAAGUUGUUCUUGUAUUAAUUUCAACCAUCA